AUUCUCCCGUCUCGCCUCGCCAAGGAAUAAUAAGUAAAAAAUAAUUAUAAAUAAAUACUGCGCACUGCCCUUCCUUCGUUCUGGUUCAAUGGCGACCUUAACUCUGUCAUCAACGGUCGGCCCAUUAAAAUCACAGCUCAAAACCCAAGCCCACCAAUUCUAUGCCUCUCCUCGUUGCUUAAGCUUCCCCUCGACUCUCAACCCAUCGUCAUCGUCAUCUUCUUCUUCACCGCUGCCAUUGCUCAGAGCAGCAAGAUCCCCUCUUCGGCGCUCGGCCCUCAUUGUUUCCGCUCAGUCCAAUUUCUUCAAAGUCAUUCAGACGGCUUUGAAGAUUGGGAAGGAUGGGAUUGAGGCUGGAACUGAUCUCGUCCCGGAUUCGGUGCCUAGGCCGGUUGCAAGGAUUUCAGUAGCUGUAGUUGCGGUGACGGUUGCUAUUUUCCUCCUCAAGUCAUUCCUUUCUACUGCAUUCUUUGUGUUGGCUAUGAUGGGAUUUAUAUACUUUGUAUAUAUAGCCUUCAACAAGGAUGGGGGCCCAAGAGGUGGAGGAGGCAGCGCCAGCAGCAAACCAUCUAGUGAUGAAGAAGCCAUGGAAGAGGUCAGAAGAAUUAUGGAGAAAUACAAGUAGUAAGUUUGUCAUAUGAAGUGUUUAUAUCAAAUACAUAUGGUCGAUAUUUGCGGUAUGCAUUUGUUUAGCUACAGUGAUAUAUUGUAAACAUUUUCCUAUAUGAAGAUAUUCUUUAUGCCAUUUGCGCUUGUUUUUGUA